AUGGCAGAAUCAAAAAGAGAAGUAGCGGCAUUGUCAUUGGGGAGUGAGGGGGCAACACUAGAGCUAGCAAGCUUAGUAGGUUGUUCAAAAUCGGUAAAGGAAGAGUUGCUAAUAGAGGUACUCGGUGGCUCGAAAGAUCGAGGAUGCUCCUCUAUUUCACUCAUAGUGGGGGGUAUGGUAGACGCUGGUGCAGAGUCGACAUUGAUGACAGUGUCAUCAUCUGUUUGGUCUGUAACUAAUGGCAGCAUAGAAG